ACUUAAAUUAUUCACGUAAAAGAUGUACAGAUUAUAUUCUAAUUGUAUUCGAGAAUUAAUACACACAGCAAGUGCAAGUGAAAUGUGAAGAAAGUAUUUGUUUGUCCAGGUUCAACAACUGUUUGUGUGAUUGUGUUUUUGUGUGUGUGACGUCUCUCUCUGACUGCACUUGUUAUACACUAAUAUCAAUAAAAAUAUGUAAAAGAAAGAUAUAAAUACCAUUGCAAUAUUGCAACGCAGAAAUCCAGCAGAUAAAUACAGCAAGCACUCUACUGCGAAUAUUCCAAAUCCAAGCAAAUAACUAAGUACGCUUUAAAAUAAUGGACAAAUUCCCAUUAAAGGGUAGCAGAGAAGCUGCAGCAGAAGGCAACAGCUAUAUAACCGCAUAUCAAACAGUCAUGAAAAAGUCAAACGGUCACACUAUUGGUGCCGGCGAAGGCGAUCAUCCGUUAGCGCCGCAUUCAAAUAUUUCCUAUGCGGCAGCAACCACAUCCCUCACAGCAGCCACAGACGACGAGGAUAUGAUCGAUAUAACGCCACGAUCCAGUCCAGGCGAACUAAUCGGCGUGGCAGGGAGUUAUCAUCGUGAAACAGCUACAGAAUCGGAUACGGAACGUGAUUAUGCGCCAAAUCAGAGAACAAUUCAUCAUCAUCAGCAUCAACAUGUGCCAACUCACAGCGCUUUCGGAGAUCCCAUGGACGGAGCACUUUCGUUCUAUGGCUCCUCGGAUGUGCAGGAUGAUAUUCCCGGCAUUGGGCAGUAUGAAGAUUUCCACACUAUCGACUGGCAGCGGGACAUUGCCCGUGAUCGCAUGCGGCAUCGUUAUAUAGUCAAAAAGCGUCAGGAUUCUGUUUGGGACUUGAUCAAGGGAGCCAUUGAUGCCGGCUCCGGUUGGCUGUGCGUUCUGCUCGUGGGAAUCGCGGCAGGUUGUGUGGCAGGCAUGGUGGACAUAGGCGCCAGUUGGAUGUCCGAUCUAAAGCACGGCAUUUGUCCGACUGCAUUUUGGUUUAAUCGAGAGCAAUGCUGCUAUCCGGCCAAGCAAUCUGUCUUCGAAGAGGGCAACUGCUCUACGUGGAAAACAUGGCCGGAGAUCUUAGGACUCAGUCGCACUGGCACGGGACCGUACAUCAUCUCGUAUAUUUGGUACAUCUUGUGGGCCUUGCUGUUUGCCUCAUUGAGUGCCUCAUUGGUACGCAUGUUUGCCCCAUAUGCCUGCGGAUCUGGUAUUCCGGAGAUCAAAACCAUUUUGUCGGGCUUUAUUAUACGCGGCUAUCUGGGCAAAUGGACAUUGCUGAUCAAAUCGGUGGGCCUGAUGCUCUCCGUGUCGGCAGGUCUGACUCUAGGCAAGGAGGGACCCAUGGUUCAUAUUGCUAGCUGCAUUGGAAAUAUAUUCUCGCAUCUGUUCCCCAAAUACGGACGGAAUGAGGCUAAAAAGAGAGAAAUUCUAUCAGCAGCAUCCGCUGCAGGCGUUUCAGUGGCUUUUGGUGCGCCCAUAGGCGGUGUCCUAUUCUCACUGGAAGAGGUGUCCUAUUACUUCCCACUGAAGACAUUGUGGCGCUCCUUUUUCUGCGCGUUGAUUGCGGCUUUCGUACUACGUUCGUUGACGCCCUUUGGUAAUGAACAUUCUGUGCUCUUCUUUGUGGAAUACAACAAGCCCUGGUUAUUCUUUGAGCUCAUUCCAUUUGUCUUUCUCGGCAUUAUGGGUGGUGUUAUUGGCACGUUCUUUAUUAAGGCUAAUUUAUGGUGGUGCCGCUUCAGAAAGUUCAGCAAACUUGGCCAAUAUCCUGUUAGUGAGGUACUCUUUGUCACAUUGGUCACUGGCAUCAUUUGCUAUCCGAAUCCGUUUACGCGCAUGAAUAUGAACGAACUUAUCUUCCUGCUUGUUAGCAAGUGCUCACCUGGUGACACCAACAAUCCAUUGUGUGACUACAAACGAAUGAACAUAAGCACAGGCACAGGCAGCUUCACUGAGGUCACUGAGCCAGGUCCUGGUGUCUACAGCUCCAUUUGGCUACUUGUUUUGACCUUUAUACUUAAACUGGCACUGACCAUAUUUACAUUUGGCAUUAAGGUGCCCUCGGGUCUAUUCAUACCCUCGCUGCUGUUGGGUGCAAUUAUGGGUCGAAUUGUUGGCAUUGGCGUGGAGCAGUUUGCUUAUAGCUAUCCCAACAUUUGGUUCUUUACUGGAGAGUGUGCGGAUAGUAAUCUAAUAACACCUGGACUGUAUGCUGUUGUGGGAGCUGCCGCAGUUUUGGGAGGCGUUACACGGAUGACUGUCUCCUUGGUGGUUAUUAUGUUUGAGUUGACGGGCGGUGUGCGUUACAUUGUGCCACUGAUGGCGGCUGCCAUGGCCUCCAAAUGGGUGGGCGAUGCAUUGGGCAGACAGGGCAUAUAUGAUGCGCACAUUGCGCUAAAUGGUUACCCAUUCCUGGACAGCAAAGAGGAGUUUGCGCAUACAACGCUAGCAGCAGAUGUGAUGCAACCUAAACGUAAUGAAACCUUAAAUGUCAUUACACAAGAUUCCAUGACAGUGGACGAUGUGGAGAAUCUGCUAAAGGAGACCGAACAUAAUGGAUAUCCUGUUGUUGUAUCUAGAGAAAAUCAAUACUUGGUUGGAUUUGUGCUGCGUAGGGAUCUUAACUUGGCUAUAGGCAAUGCAAAGCGUCUUAUCGAGGGUAUAAAUAGCAACUCCAUAGUAUUAUUUACAUCAACGACACCCACACAAAAUCUGGGACCGCAGCCACUGAAACUUAAGAAGAUUCUCGACAUGGCUCCCAUCACGGUAACAGAUCAAACGCCUAUGGAAACUGUCGUUGAUAUGUUCCGCAAACUGGGCCUGCGUCAGACCCUUGUCACUCACAAUGGUCGUUUGUUGGGCGUAAUAACGAAAAAGGAUGUGCUACGCCAUGUAAAGCAAAUGGACAAUGAAGAUCCCAAUACAGUGCUCUUCAAUUAAGUUGAAUUUAUUAGCCAAUCAGCUGAUAGGCGAACGCCUAGCAAUUAUUAUUACCUGUACUAUCACAAAAUCAACAAAAUUUUAUUCAAAUAAGUCAAAAGUUGAGCAGGAGAGUAGAGAUUAGUGAAUUUACGAUCGGAACUUCGAGCGUGAGAAAGAUUUAGCAAAAUUGUGUGCAGUUCUAAUUUAUGUUACAUAUAUACAUAUAUAUAUAUAUAUAUAUUACUUAAAUAUGUAUAAUUAUAUGUAUGUAUGUAUGUAUCUCGUUAAUGUUAAUUGUAUAAUUUAUUUAAGAAUAUUACAACCUAUUCAUUUACUACCACUUUGUAAUUAUGUCAUUGAAAAUGUAUGCAAUUUAAUACUUUAUAUUUUAUACAUACAUAUGUAUAUGUACAUACACUCUUAAAUAAUUUAAUUACAGUAAUGUACAUCACGCGUAUGUGUGUUGAGAUUGGGCAAGUUGCUUUAUUUUUUGAUGUGAAAUAUUUUACGCUGACUGCACAGUUAAGUAUUUACGAAUGAAUGAAAAAUUUUUACUUGCUGAAGAUGGGACUUUAAGUUUUGCAUUUCGUUCAAAAUUCUUAAAGAAAUUCUUAUUUACAUAUUUAUAAUAUAUAUAAUACAUAAAUACAUAUAUCAAAGUAUUGUGUUUUGUUAGAGAUCUGUAAAAUUUUAAGCUAAACUCGUGUAAAUAGCAACAUUAAAAGAUGAUUAAACCAUUAAUAAA